CCGUUAUAUUAAGAUUUAAACAAAUCAUACUUUUGAUACCUAUAAAAUUAUAGAACUUUUGAAAAGUAAUUACAAGUCACAAAGGUAUUUGACAGACAAACAAAGGCGCUUUCAAUAACUGUAACACAAUAAAAUCUCAAAGUGAAUAACAUAAAUUUCAACAAAAGUUAUAGACAAACUCGCCUUGGCCAUUUCAAACCGAGCUUGGUUUCGAAACUUACUCGAAUGAAACAAAUUUAAUUACAGAUUGGCGCGUGAAUUCUCUAGUACCUGAAAACUUCUUAAUUAGAUUUAAAAGCGGAUUUCCUAAGUUUAAAAAUGUCCAAAACAACUCUGGAGGCGAUGCAAAACUUCGCACCCUUUCCGUUCCCACGAAUUAGAAUUAGAACCAAAGUAGUAAAUUUUAAAAUAAACAUUUUGUAAUAUUUUAAACACCUCGUUAAAAAUACACUAAAAUCCUUUAUUGCUAUUAACUCUUUGUAGGCGUUUGUGAUUGGAUAUUUGUAAGUAUUCUAUAAAACACAAAUUGAUAUUAAAGAAAUACAAUUUCACGGCUAUUUCAUUUUAUGUUCAGAACGGACGUAAAUGUGCAAAACACGUGCCGCGAAUCACGUUUACAAAGGACAAUGAAAUCUUACGACAAUUUCAUUAUUAUUGAGUUUUUAUAGGGCAAGACAUCAAAUUAUUUGUACGCUGUAUAAUAUGGAGCUUUUGGAACAAUGAAUAUAACUGUAUUAUCCAUAGUUAUAUUUGUAAUAGCGAGUACGGAAGCUUUGUCCCCCCAAACAGUGGAAGUUGACUAUUCCGAACUUGCAAACGAGGCAGAAAAUAAUAAAAAACAUCUCUUAGAGUUUUUAAAUCAGACUCAAGUACGAGAGCUAUAUAGAACAAAAUAUAAUAUCUUAUUAGAUAAAAUAACAGGCUCCUCCCGGCGUAUUGUGUCGGGACAAAACACGUCAAUCACAGCAGUGCCGUGGCAGGUUUCUCUCUGGUAUAUAACUGAAUUUGGUUGUGCAGGUUCGGUCGUUACCGAUAUUUGGAUACUCACAGCUGCACAUUGCUUGGAAAGAUUUAAGGCCAAAGACCUCUCAGUACGAGUUGGAUCUUCGUGGAGAACACACGGGGGUGAAAUGUAUGAUGUUAAGGAAUCCUACAUGCAUCCUCAAUACGACACCAAACACUUACUCAACGACGCUGGGCUAUUACGACUGUACACAACUCUCCGAUUCUCGUCGAGAGUCCUGCCUAUUCUACUGGCUGCGAGGGAUAGUAGACUUCCAGCUAACCAAAUGGCAAUCGUCUCUGGAUGGGGCAAUAUGAAAGAAAAGGGACAGUUUGCAACAUUCUUGCAAUCAGCAAGCAUCAGAACAAUAGUCAUGAAGCUGUGCCGCCAGUCAGAGGUAGACCGUGGAAUUGACCCAGCGAGCAUGUUCUGCGCUGGCUCUUUUACACAACCAUCACCUGAUUCAUGCCAGGGUGACAGCGGUGGACCCAUAGUAUCAGAAGGGUUUCUCAUCGGAGCAGUGUCGUGGGGCAAGGGAUGCGCGAGGGGUAACUUCCCUGGGGUUUAUACAAGGCUGUCUGAUCCUGACAUUUGGGACUGGAUCUAUGGCCAUUUAACUAGACAAGACACCAAUGUUAAUAUUUAAUGACAACUUAACUUAAAGCUUUAUGUCUUCCAAGUGAGACAGAGGGCCACCAGCGUAGAAAACCAGCCUGAUCGGUCCUAGGCAAUUCUCUUAAUUUCACCCCUUGUCGUUCCGGCUUCUUUCGCCUGUGCAAUGAUGCUUCGAUGCCAGGUCUGUUUUGGGCGGCCACGUUACCAUUUGCCACCACGUUACCAUUCCAGUCGAGAGCUUGCUUGGCAAUGUGACUUGGAUGCCCGGUUUUUUUGAACAUCUAUUUUCACUCUCGGUCUUUUAUAGACCUGUCAAUUGGCGCCUCAUUCCUGAUGAUUAGAGAUGCUAUUGGGAACGAAUAUUCCAAGGAUUUGACGAAGGCAGCGGUUAAGAUUUUUUUAAAACAAAGUGUUCACAAACAAAUCAUACAUUUGAUACCUAUAAAAUUAUAGAACUUUUGAAAAGUAAUUACAAGUCACAAAGGUAUUUGACAGACAAACAAAGGCGCUUUCAAUAACUGUAACACAAUAAAUUAUUAUCAAAGUGAAUAACAUAAAUUUCAACAAAAGUUAUAGACAAACUCGCCUUGGCCAUUACAAACCGAGCUUGGUUUCGAAUCUUACUCGAAUGAAACAAAUUUAAUUAUAGUUUGGCGCGUGAAUUCUUUAGUACCUGAAAACUUCUUAAUUAGAUUUUAAAGUGGAUUUCCUAAGUUUAAAAAUGACCAAAACAACUUCGGAGGCGAUGCAAAACUUCGCAACCUUUCCGUUCCCACGAAUUAGAAUUAGAACCAAAGUAUGUAGUAGAUUUUAAAAAUAUACAUUUUGUAAUAUUUUAAACACCUCGUUAAAAAUGUAAUGAAAUCCUGUAUUGCUAGUAACUCUUUGUAGGCGUUUGUGAUUGGAUAUUUGUAAGUAUGUAUUUCAUAUUGAUAUUAAAGAAAUACAAUUUCA